UUCCCUUGUUGGUUUAUGUACCACUGGACUGCCUUCUGGUCCAGGCGUGUGGUAGGUUGCUACCUUUACCAGAGCGACCUCGCUGUCUGGCAGAAAAUCUAUGGGAUGCCGGAUACCGGUCAAGUCGUCUUAUUUAAUGGUUGGCACAAGUCAAGCAGGGUCGUGUGCGACGACUGUCGGAUGAAUCGCGUGGGUCAAUUGAUUGACCAGGCAAAAGUAUGCCUGGAUGUGGUGCUACUGUCUACCGCCAAUGUCAAGUACAUUGACCGCAUAUUGGCUGCACAUAUUCGGGGUGUCACCGUGCGCGUUCUCGCCAGCGACAAAAUGCUCGCGGCUAAUGGGCCAGCAAUGAAGCUACUCUGCGCCUUGAGUGUGCAGGUGCGCUGCUACUCAAUCGGAGUAAUAUUCGGGUACAAUUUUGCUAUAAUAGACAGUGAAAAGCGAGCCCUGGAGAUAGAGGCCAAGCAGGAUACGGUCCACACGAGUCUUUGGCGACUAAGGGGUAACAUGAAAGGGUGUCUAAACUGGAUCCUACUGGCCGCGUUGCAGAAAAGUGAUUAUAGGAAUGACAAUCGCCACUACCAAAAAUUUUUUGAUGAAUGGAACUUCUUAUAUCCUGUCACCCCGUCCUACUUCAUAGCAUAUAAUUUGCGUUCACCGCAGCAUAAAGCAUAG